AUGUCUACUGAGGCGAAUACGAAGAGCACACCCAAUGAUAAAUCUUUGGCGCAGCCUCCUCCAAAUACGGUGGAUCACAGUAACAUGAGUUCAAGAAAACGUCCACGAGUAGCCUGUUUAAAGCAGAACUUCUCACGUCAUCUUUAUCAAAUGAUGAUUCGCCAAUUACAUCACGAUGGGUAUUUGGCCGCCGCCGCCGCAGUGGCAGAUGCGACGGGAGUUGUGGUGCCGAGAUUACAAGAAGAUGGCCAUCGCCUCUCCCGACUUGUGGCUCGUGGUUUGGCAGAUGAGGCGAGUUGUAUAAUGGAUAUGCAGAACUUUAUGCAGAGUGAGGUGGUGGAGCGUUAUCUCAGUGCCUCCCGCUUGUAUAUACCCCUUCAUCUCUCUGAGAGCUCCACAGUGGGACAGGCGGCGUAUCGAAUGCGUGAACGAUUUACAACAUCUUCACUGGGAGGUGUGGUGCGGCGUGUGUGUGUUUCCCCCGAUGGGACUUUGGUCGCUUGUGGGGGGACGAAUGGGUUGUGUGUGGUCUUUUCAUUAAAAACAAUGGAAGAUCUUAUGGCAUUGGAAGAGGUGCGGCAGGAAAAUCAAUUUCGAGGGAUUGAUGGGAGUAAUAACAGUACGACAGUGGGAGUACGGAAUGCAAGUAAUAAAAUUACAGAACUCGCGGAAGCUCGACGGUUUCAUGAACAUACACAAUCAGUGGAAGCGAUGCAUUUUCAUCCAUCUCAACCACUUUUACUGACUGGUGGACGUGAAGGAGAUUUGUAUGUUCGAGAUUACAGUCAACCAGAUAAUAAGAUCGUUCAUAAACUACAUGAUACGUUUCCUAUUCGUUCUGGUGUAUUUCAUCCUUCUGGUGAAUAUAUUUUAUAUGCUACGGAUCAUCCAGCACCUCGACUUUUAAAUCUUCGAACGGAAAAGUUAAUGACUCCUGCCACUGCAGGUGAUGCAAUCCAUAUUGGUUCAACAAAUAUGAUAACUUCAAACAGGAAUACAAUGUCAUCAGGAGGUGGUGGAUUUAGAAGAGGAGGUGAAAUGGGUCAUACAGCUGCUCUCUGUGAUGUAAACUUCUCCGCAGAUGGUAGAUUGUUUGCUACAUGCAGUUUGGAUGGUUCCAUUAUUUUAUACGAUGGUGUCAGUAGCCGUGUGGUGGCCAAGAUAAAUAAUGCUCACUCAACUGUACCUGUAACGAGUGUAUCAUUUAGUCGAACAGGAAAUAUUCUUUUAAGUGCAGGAAUGGAUUCUGUGGCUAGAUUAUGGGACUUG